AUGAAGUUCUUCGGCUUCGGGGGCCGCAGGGCCCAGGUGGUCCAGGAGUCCAUAGACCACGUCUACACGGGCUCUGGAUACCGAAUCCGGGACGCGGACCUGCGGAAGAUCCACAGGGCGGCUGUCAAGGGCGACGCCGCGGAGGUGGAGCGCUGCCUGGCGCGCAGGAGCGGAGACCUGAACGCCCGGGACAAGCGGCACAGAACUGCUCUACAUUUGGCCUGUGCCCGUGGCCAUGUGGCAGUGGUCACUCUCCUGGUGGACAGAAAAUGCCAGAUUGAUAUCCGUGACAAAUUAAACAGGACACCUUUGAUACAGGCUGUGCAUUCCCAGGAAGAGACUUGUGCCAGUAUUCUGCUGAAACAUGGCGCCAAUCCAAAUCUUAAGGAUAUCUACGGCAACACUGCUCUCCAUUAUGCAGUGUAUAAUGACAGCACAUCACUGGCAGAAAAACUGCUUUCCCAUGACGCAAAUAUUGAAGCAUUGGACAAGGACAGAAACACACCGCUUUUAUUUGCUAUAAUUUGCAAGAGAGAGAAAAUGGUGCAAUUUUUGGUGAAAAACCAAGCGAAUGUACAUGCUGCGAAUAGGCUGAGACGAUCAGCCCUCAUUCUUGCUGUACAUCAUGGCUUGCCAGAUAUAGUCAACCUCCUGCUUCAGCAAAAUGUUAGUAUCUUUUUUCGAGAUAUGCACGGACGAGAUGUGGGAGAUUACGCUAUUUCUUGUGGUUCGAAAAGAAUUCAAAACCAAAUUACAGAACAUAAAAAGAAGAUACUUGAAAAAGACAAUCCAGAUGCUGGGAGUUCUGAUGAAUCUCUAGUCAGCAUUUUCCAAGACCUGUAUGUGGAUUCACACACUAAACCAGAGGAUGAAGGCUUGACAGUUACUACCAAGCAAUGUGUUCCCGAGAAAGUGUCAGAGCCUUUACCUGGACCUUCCGAUGAUAAAGGAAACAGUGUAGUCAACGGAAAAAAAGGGCCUCCUGCAAAACAGCUUUCUGGGAAGCCUACCACUGAAAGGGAAGAUCCUGCUGUGAAAGAAGUGGUACAGAAAAAGAACGAACAGACAUCGAGAGCAGGACAAGACUUCCUAGUGGAUUCAGAGGAAGAGCAAGAAAGCCUUGAAAUAAGUGAAAAGAAGGAACCAGAGGUCGAAGAAGGAAAGAAUACAAACAAAAGUGAAGAGAUACAACUGUCAGAAAAUACAUGGGACAGUACAUCUUCUGAUGCCACUGUUGAAUUAACCCAACAAACAAAGAUCAGGAAAACGAGUCCUCAGCAAUUUCCCAAGGACGUGAAGGAAGAGCAUGAUAGAUGCACCUUAAAACAAGAAAAUGAAGAGAAAAGUAACGUUAAUAUGCUCUACAAAAAUCUAACAGAAGGGUUAGAAAGGAAAUGGGAACAGUAUGAGAAAGAAGUUAAACAACAACUUAAACUGACUGUUCGGUCAUUAGAGAUGGAACCGAAGACCUUAAGAAAUAUUCCAAAUCAGGAUUUUCAUAAUCAUGAAGAAAUGAAAGAUCUAAUGCAUGAAAAUGGCAUUUUGAAGAGAGACAUUGCUAUGCUUAGAGAGGAAAUAUGCACAUUAAAAAAUGACAGCCUCGAAAAAGAAAAUAAAUAUUUUAAGGAUUUUGAAAUUAUUGAAGAAAUAAAUACUGGUUUUGAAAACAGAAACAAACUCAGUGAGGAAAUGAUAACAAAAAUAGUAUCCCAGUGUCUACAACAGCUUAAUGAUCUCCGAGCUGAGAAUACAAGGCUCAAUUCUGAACUGGGGAAGGAAAGAGAAGAUGAAGAAAGACUGGAAGCUGAAAUUGAAUCAUAUCAGUCUAGACUGGCUGCUGCUAUAAGAGAACACAAUCAAAGGGUGAAAACAGAAAGAGACCUCAAACUUUCUCUACAGAGAACACAAGAUAUUUCUUUACAGAGAAACACGAAUUCUGAGCUAAAAGAUAAGUAUGAGUUUCUUAAAGAAAAACUUUCUAAAACACAAAUUAAAUUCAAUACCUUAAAAGAUAAGGUCUGUAAGACAAGUGAUACUCUCAGAGAAAAGACAUUGGCUUUAGAAACUGCACAAAACGACUUAAGCCAAACACAGCAGCAAAUAAAGGAAAUGAAAGAGAUGUAUCAAAAUGCAGAUGCUAAAGUGAGUAAAUCCACUGGAGAGUGGAACUAUGUAGAAGAGAGACUAUGUGAACUACAACGUAAAAAUCUGUGGCUUAAACAGCAACUAGAUGAUGCUUAUCAGAAAGGGGAUAAUGAAGAGAGAGUAAUUAAUAUCCAAGGAGGAUUUAUUGAGAGUGGAAAGAAAGGUCUUCUUCUAGAAGAGAAAAAUAAGAAGUUAAUGAACGAAUGUAAUCAUUUAAAAGAACGUCUGUUUCAACAUGAGAAAGAGAAAGCAGAAGUAAGUAUCAAGGAAGAUAAAUAUUUUCAAACUUUUGGAAAGAACAUUUAA